CGCGGCCCCGGCGAGCGGCGGCUGCGCGGGGAGCUGGGCGCGGAGGAGGAAGAGGAGGAGGAGGAGGAGGAGGAGGAGGAGGAAGAGGAGGAGGACGGGCACCUGCUGCCGCCCGGUCAGGGCCGGGGGCUGAGCGGGCGCGCCCGGGGGGGCGCCCAGCGGCUCUCGGGGCCUGGGCUCGGCGGGGAGCGUGGAUGAGAGUUUGCUCCGAUUUCCGAGCCGGAGACUCCAACCGUCAUGUUAAGGUAAAGCAGAAAAGUGCAGUGCUGAACAUGCUAAAGAAGUUGGACAAAAUAAGGUUCAGAGGUCACAAGAGAGAUGAGUUCCUUGAUUUAGCAGAGUCUCCAAAUGCUUCUGACACUGAAUGUGGAGAUGAAAUCCCGGUGAAAAUACCUCGAACAUCAACCCGAGACAAUGAAGAGCUGAGAGACCCUGCUGGUCCAGGGACCAUCAUCAUGGCUUCAGGAGUCCAGGAUUUUAACAGAACGGAGUCUGACAGACUGAAUGAGAUCAAGGGUCACCUGGAAAUAGCCUUACUGGAAAAACACUUUUUGCAGGAGGAACUCAGGAAGCUGAGAGAAGAAACAAACGCUGAAACAUUAAGGCAAGAGCUGGAAAAGGAACGACAGAGGAGACUAGAACUAGAACAAAAAGUCAAUGAAGUACUUAAAGCAAGAGCUGAAGAGGUGCCUGCAACACAGCAAGCUGCAAAGCCACAGACACAAGCCAAUGGAACAGAUAAGCGUAGUCAUACAGUGUGUUCAAGACUCCAAAAGUGGUUUUGUGACAAAUUUGGGGAGUAUGUUGAGGACUUCAGAUUUCAGCCAGAGGAAAAUACAGUGGAAACAGAGGAGCCACUUAGUGCUAGAAGGUUGACUGAAAAUAUGAGAAGAUUAAAGAGAGGUGCCAAACCUGUUACUAAUUUUGUGAAGAAUCUUUCUGCCUUAUCAGACUGGUAUUCUAUCUACACUUCUGCUAUUGCCUUUAUUAUUUACAUGAAUGCUGUAUGGCAUGGCUGGGCCAUUCCUAUGUUCUUAUUUUUAGCAAUUUUGAGGUUGUCCCUAAAUUACCUCAUAGCCAGGGGUUGGAGAAUACAGUGGAGCAUUGUGCCUGAAGUUUCUGAACCAGUGGAACCCCCGAAAGAAGACCUGACAGUGUCUGAAAAGUUUCAGCUUGUUCUAGAUGUGGCUCAGAAGGCGCAGAACCUUUUUGGAAAGAUGGCAGACAUACUGGAAAAAAUUAAAAACUUGUUCAUGUGGGUCCAACCAGAAAUAACACAGAAGCUCUACAUUGCUCUAUGGGCGGCUUUUAUUGCAUCCUGCUUUUUGCCCUACAGGAUUAUUGGUCUUGCAAUGGGACUCUAUGCCGGAAUCAAGUUUUUCCUUAUUGAUUUCAUCUUCAAACGAUGCCCCAGACUAAGAGCUAAAUAUGAUACUCCUUAUAUCAUCUGGACAAGCCUCCCAACAGAUCCGCAGCUCAAAGAACGAUCUAAUGCUACAGUGUCGAGACGGGCAUCAUUGUAUUACGGUUACCCUAAAAGCUGGAUGCUGUCAGGGCAUGAAAAGCUUCAGACAGCAGCAUCCAGAAGUUACGUGGGCUCAAAUGCCCCGACCGGAAUAAACAAAGACGAAGACACGAGUCGUUUCCAUACCACCAAGAGGGGCAAUUUCCAUGAAGUUUUCAACUUGUCAGAAAAUGAGCGUCCUUUAGCAGUGUGUGAAAAUGGCUGGCGCUGCUGCUUGAUUAAUAGAGAUAGGAAGAUGCCUACAGACUACAUCAGGAACGGAGUUCUUUAUGUCACAGAAAAUUACUUGUGCUUUGAAAGCUCAAAAUCUGGCUCAUCUAAAAGAAAUAAGGUUAUAAAGCUAACGGAUAUAACGGAUAUUCAGAAGUAUAAAGUGCUCUCUGUUCUCCCGGGAUCAGGGAUGGGUAUUGCUGUAUCAACACCAUCUACACAAAAACCUUUGGUGUUUGGUGCCAUGGUACACCGAGAUGAAGCUUUUGAGACGAUUUUCAACCAGUAUGUGAAAAUAACAUCUGCAUCAUCCAACAGUGAGAGCUAGUAUCUUAUCAUAGAAGACCUAAAGGAAACUUCUUAUUUUACAACUUGGUAGUGAAAAAAAAUGAACAUCCUCAUCUAUUUUGCAAUAAUUUUUCUUGUCUGGUGGUUUAUAUUCUAUCUGUUACAUAAAUCAAGUGUAUUUUAUAUAUGCCUUCAUGUUUGUUUUUAAGGUUUUUGUAAAAAACAAACAAAAAACACAAAAAACAAAAUGAAACAAGACGGUGAAAGUGCUAUCAUCACUAUUAGCCUUGCACAUUAAGCACUUUUAAUGUUUAUUUACUGACAUUAAAAGCUGGGAAGACACUUGGAGAACUGACUAAUAAUGGACUGAAACAGGUUGAUCCCUUUAACUCCACUGGUAUCACUAAGGAUACAUUUGUCCCAUUAUCUCAUUUAUUUUUUUCCCCAAGACAUGAGAAUGCCAACUCCAGUAGCCUGAAGUCUGUUCUUCAGCUCUGAGUUUUUAAUUGGGUUCUGUAUUAAAAAUGAUAGCAACACCAAGGAAGUAUUAUCAUCUUAGUAUUUCUGUAUUUGUAAAUGCACUUACAAUAACUCCUCCUUGCUAAUUCUUGCAUCGCAGAAGGAUAUUUUAGUGGUUGGGUUAGGUUCAGAUUUUUCUGCAUACAGAGGUUUAAAUUGUUUGUACAGUGAAUUGGAGGAAAAAGUUUGUAACUAUAUCUUCCUUUCCUAAUUAACCAAAGUAAGAGGAAGGAAGGCAGGUAGAUACUUUUUAUAAAAGACGGCAUCAAAAUGUUGUUCCUAAAAUGUUAGGCAUCGUAUAUUUGUAUUUCUGUAGAUACUUGUCAUAGAAGGGCUCAACUACUGUACAUGUUGUAUGUACAAGGUGUUUGUAUGUUAUUGCAUAAAAGACUUGCAGGCUUUUUGUGUUGGGGGAGGUGGGAAUAAUCAAACUAAACUGAGACAUGACCCUCUUUAAUUUAGCUUUUCUCUUGAGUUACCUUGUAACAACACUAAUAUAGCAACUGAAAGCACUAUUUCCUUUUCAGAACAUAAUUUGAGGAGCACUGGAAUGUUGCUGUGUUUCCCCGUGCAAAAUUAAAUUUUAGUUACAAUUAAACCCAAUGGCCAGGUAAAACAGGAAGGCUGGGCUCCUUAUCUAAACUCUCUCAGGCCUUUCUAGCAGCAAAGCACAUAUUUGACCUUCGUCUUUAAUACAGAAAGCUUUUAUAUUCUAUACAAUAGCACCCUUCUGAGAGGUUUAGAAUUAUAUUUGCAUUUUUCUUAAAGCACAGUAGGAGUUACACUAUGCCUUCCCAUUUGUCUUCUCCUUUGCUAUGUCUUUUGAGUUGCUAGCAUGGAUGUCUCCAGCCAUUAUAUGAAGGUCCCCCCAGAAAAGUAAUGCAGAUGCAAAUUCUUACCUAAAAAAUGGGACUUCGUUUUAUGGAUUUUUUUUUUUUUUUUAAUCGGGGAUUUUUCUUCCUUUAUGGGGAACGGGGUAAAAUGAGGGACAGACAGGGGAGCCAAGCACCAAAGGGUCUUUAACUCUUAGCACAAUUUUUACUUAAAGUCUCUCAACAAAUGCAGCGGUACUGAAGAAGGUGGCAGUCAAACUGUGCAAACCUAUUUCAGUCUGGCCAUGAACAGGUAUGAUAGAAGAAGUUGAUGUGAGCCUGACGUGAAGAAAUACUGUUGAAUACUGUGAUUUGGUUGGGUGUUGUAAAGUAAAACACUGACUGCAGUAAAAUUCCAUUCCCUAAGUUGGAACUGUGAACACAAGCAGGGGAGAAUCCACCAGAAGGGCUAGGAUGCAAUUCUGGGGCUCUUUGGUUAGAGCAGCACUUGACCUUUACGUGACCAGAAAAAAGGGGGCAUUUCUAAUACCUCCUUAGGUAUGGUGUACAUCAGGACCUGAAAGCUUAACGCAUAAGUGAAGCUGGUUGGAAAUGCCUUUUGCCACCAUCUAAUAUGGAUGUAGCUUGACAGUUUGUGGCUUCUUCGCUUUACAUAGGCAGGGGUGUUUGUUUAAAUUCCUUGACUUUAAAGCAAGUUUGAAGAAAAAAUUUGAAGUCAAUCUUUUUUUUUGUAACUGCUGUGUAUUAUCAUUUGACCUUCCUUUCUAGAAGCUUCCUUGAAUAGUAAGUGUGGCUAAUAGGCAUUAAAAUCGCUUAAUGUUAUAUAAAUCUUAACCAGAUUCAUUCAUUUUGUCUUAAGGAAAAAUCACGAGUGUGUUUAAAGCUAUGGUUUUUUUUCCUGAGGAAACAGAAAACUAUAUUUUUUACAGAGAGCAUGCUCUUUUUCUUAUUUUUGUAUCAUUUUUUCAAGUGUAAUUUAUAUCUUCACUCUGAUCAUAGCAGCAGUUUCAGUAGGAAAUCAGUUGACUGGCACUUACUACUCCCCCCACACACGUCCCCCGUCGCUGUUUGACCCUAGCAUACAGGGUUGUCCUAGAUCCCGGUUCCCAAAGGAGCCAUAGGUCCUGUGCUUGUGGUGCCAGGACAAUUAACCACGCCUAGGCUUCAGAGAGGGAGAGAAGAAAUAAUUGUCCUUCUCCCAGCCUGAAAUGCCUCAUGCACAAUAUGCUUUUUUUUUUUUUUUUUCUCUGAGCUAAGAAAUUAGAAACUUGUUAGGAAAUCUAAUCUGUCGGCAUUCAAAAUUAAUCCACGCUUUAACAGUGUGAAUUUAAAAACAAACUACUCUUGAAGCAGUAAACCUAGUGCAAACUGCAAUGCAACGUCAUUUCAUCAUUCUAACGUGUAGAAAAAAGACUGGAUUUUUUUUAAGGAAUUGUAAUAUAACUGUCAGACAUCUAUGUACAUACUUGACAAAGUUCACUUACAUUUAGGUUGUCCAGGUUACUGCUAUGAAAUUGCUUCUGUGUUACAGAACAUCAGAGCUGGUAGAAAGUCCCCUCGGUGUGUUUACUCACGAGUGCACCUGUGCCUGCUCUUCUGCUACAUCUUCACAGGCUUGGAGGGGAUGGACUGUGAGUAAAUACGUACUUGACUUGUACAAUUACACUCCAGUUAACCUUAAAUUCCACUUGUCCUACCGAGCUUUGCAGUGUAGCCUGCUUUGCUUCAUCAGCAGGCUGGGUAGCAUCACUUCAUGUAAAGUGUUACUUUCUAAUAGCAGCAGGUGAUGUUCUUGUCUUUCUGUUUGCUGUUUAUAUUUGCGGUUCUGUUGAUGUGUGUGGUUCACUGCUGGAUCAUUCAGGUGUAAUUGGGUUUAGCUUUUUUCAGUAGAAUUGCAUUGGUUAGUUUGAGUCCCUUUUAAAGGAGAAAAAAAAAGGGAGAUGAAAACUGACUGCUUUAAUUAUUUAUUGAUGAACAUUUAAAUUCAAAAGGCAAA